ACAUUGAGACUGUCAUUGGCCGUUUUUUUGCGUCGAAUUGGGACCGCCGAGGAAGCAAGGCAUUACAUGCUAAUUUGUGUCGAUGUUGACAAGAAACCAAUGAUAUAACAAAAAGUCAUGCACGUAUGGCCGAUGCGGAUGGAGACGUUCUUUCCUCUCCUUCUGUCCAUAUGGUUUCUGAGUUUAGAAUUGUUUCUCCGUGUGCCACGAUACCCCGGAUUCAAUUCUGACUGGGAAAGAACCCUUGAUCUUGUUCACCGCUAUCUGAACUUGCAAGUUGAAAGCGAGCUCUCUUAUCAAUUGCCAGGUUGUGAACGGGAAUCUAUCUCCUACAUAGCGACUUACAGAAUAUCACGAACACACAUACUUCAUUCAACCCGAGACCUUGGACUGUUGGAAAUCCAAACCUCUUCAACAGCGAGGCGGCUCAGUUUCUCCGUUUGAAGCGCCGUCAAUGGCACGAGCCGGACGAGUCGUCGAGUUGCUGCUGUCUUGGGAUCACAUCAGAGCGCUGCCAAUGUCAUGUUCGUGGUAGGUGGAGGUCUGACCAACACAUUUACAAACUUUGUACUCCCAGCCCGCGAAUAGAGGACGCAGUACAAGGUUGCCGCAGCACCCGAGACACCGCAACACAGCAUUGUCGCAU